CAAUCUUUUCCUCAAUGGCAAAGCAGGAUCUUUCGAAUUCAAAAAAAUACAGAGAGAACGAAGAGGAAGAGUGGGACACAGCCACAAAGGUAGACGAAAGAGAGGGUCAGUCUGCUCUUCUCCAUCUCUUCUGCAAAGGUAGCUAGCAGGGAACAUGCUCUACUCGCAUGUUCUCCUCUCGAAGAAGGGGCAUUUAGGGAAUAUUUGGAUUGCUGCCCAUUGCCAUAAACGCCUCAAUAAAUCCCAAGUUAUCCAGACCAACAUCUCUCAUUCAAUAGGCAAGUCUUCGAUUUCUAUUGCUUCCCUUCUCACUUGAUUUGUUUUCCAGUGUUUUCCCCUCAUUUUCUUGUUUCUUUUCAGUCACAUAUCCGAUGCUUAAUUAGCGGUGUUUCUGGUCUGCUAGUUCACUGUGAAACAGAGUUUCGGUUUCUCCUUAAAGGAUCGCUCUUUUCCGGAAAUAGGCACUGUGGUGGCUGUUUUAGGAAAGAAGUGCAAUUCGUCUUAAAAUAAAACUAGAUAAAAUUCUGCUAGAUGAAGUACCUGUAGUCACUUAUAGGGUUUUGGGCCACCUUCUUGUGGGCAUUGUAAGGAUAUAUUCAAAGAAAGUUGAAUAUCUCUUCCAUGAUUGCCACAAGGUGCUGGCUGAGUUUGGUGAUUUUUCAAAUGGAAAAAGCCCAAAACCAAUGUCCAGUGCGGCACACUCAUCUCACUGCUCAAUCUCUAUCCCUGAGAGUUUUGAACUUGAUGCUUUUGAGUUGGGAGUUCUGGAUGAUCAAGACAGAUGCGGUGUUCAUGUAAGACCAGAUGAAGAUAUCAUGCUUUCAGAUGCAUGGAAGAGCGAUGGCUUUAGGCUUGGCUUUUCUGAGAAGUAUCAUGGUCAAGUAGAGAUUUCUCGAUCUCCAGCAUAUUCACCAAAUCUCACUCCACUCAGAGAUUUAAGUUCAGCUUACUUUGCUGAGCGUGAUGUCACUGGUGGCUCAACGAGUAAUGAAUCCAUGGAAAAGCUUUGUUUGACAAGGAUCUCUUUGGAAGAGCGAUUAGAACCUCUGACUUUUGAAGGGAUCAAGAGUAAAAUGCAAAAUGAUCCGGAGGAUUCUAAUGAAACUCAAACUGGUGAUGAGCAAACACCACAUGUGGGCUCUGAUAUUUACAACCGUACAGAAAUCAAGGAUAACUGUCCAUUUAGAUUAGAAGAUCGUUUGGAGCCUAUGAUAAUUGAUGACGAAGAUGUUGACGAAGCCGCCUUUGCUCGGGAGCAAAUAAAACAUUCUGAGACCAACGUGCCUGUAAGUGACAUGGAACUUCUUGAUGAAUCUUCAUAUAAAAAGCAGUCUGGGGACGUGGGACAGAUUAAUAUGCCAGAAAUGCCUUCCUCGAACAGCGGAGAACAUCAAUCUUCAGAAAAUCACCAGGUCUCCCUAUGUGUUGAUGUGACCCCAGAUUCUAAAUGUCCUGCCAAUUCAUCAAUGGAUGUGAUGUCUGUUCGGACUCCAGCCACUAAGGAGCAACCGAGGGCUUUGAAGAAACGGAAGUGUUUAUUUGAUAAUCCUUUUGUGAUCUCUAAUAAAGAGUAUAAGUCUUGGCUGGAUAACCCAGACGACUUGGUAUGCAAAAGAAGAAAAGCUCCUCACAGUCCAUUGUUUGCCUGGAAAUAUGAGAAGCUCUCCUCUCUUCCUGGAAGUCUUUUGGAGCCUCUGAUUCCAUGCAGUGCUUUGGUGGACACUGGUAUUUUAGUUCACAGGAUGAAGGUGAAUAAGACUGUGCCGGAUGAUGGUGUGGAAACACCUGAGAUGAAUGGUGGUACACCGCCAGUAUCUCCAGCCUCCAAACAUAGAUCCCAGUGCGAGCAAACGCCAAUUGCUCCUUCAACACCAGUAGCCAUUUCAGUCCCAUGUAGAUUCCACGAUGUACCAGUAAGUGAGGAACUGGACAUAAUGGAGCCUCCAACCUCAGUUAAAAGUAUGUUGCAAAAGGUUGCAUGUGAAACUGAGGAUUUUGAGCUGGGUAUUGAUUUGAUGGAUGAGGAAACAAGUUCAGCUCAAGGGGACAUCCCAGAGAAAUACAGAUGUCAUGCGAGAACAAGAAAGGUUGCAAUGUUUCUGCUUAGACACUUUUCAGUUCGAAAAGGUGAAGCUGUUAAGUUGUCAUGUGCACUUGAAGGAAAAACCAAAACAGAAAGCGCAAAAGUGUUCUUUGAGAUACUGGUUUUAAAAACAGGAGGUUGGAUAGACGUGCGGCAGGAUAAUGAGUUGGGUGACAUUUGUGUGCUUCAAUCUCCCAAACUGAAUCCAGACACUUUUGCAGCUUAGGAGGUAGUCAACAAUAUUUGGACCAGUUGAUUCAAUCUCUUCAGUUGAUUCAAUCUCUCUCACGUUAGGGAAGCAGCAUAGGGUAGUGUAAUAAUAGAAGUAGUAUUGUAUCAUUUGGUAUAUUUUCCGGCAUACCAAAAGGGGAAAAAGAAAGUCGUUAGUAUCUGUCCUUUUUGUAUACUAUUGUUACAAUUAGUUGAAUAAUAUAUAUAAGUCAUCUAACUAUAUAUUUACAAAUCAU